UGUUAUAUAUAUACAAAUGUACAUAUAUUUAUAUUCCGAAUAAAAAUAAGAAUUACCGGGUAUUAAAAGGAUCGGCUGAUUGCAAAAAUGGAUUAUGAAUUAGAAUUAAUUGAUUCCCUGUCAGCAUUAGCUUAUGAGGGUCCGUGCUUGAAAGUGGAUGGUCUAGUUAAAGCGCUGGAAGGUGGUCCUCACGAUUCAGAUUUUCGUCAGCUUAUUGGUUGGUUAACCGAAGAACUGCAUGUCUUGCGAAAAACAGAUGAGCACGUAGCUGAGUUGCAGGAUCAAAGUGAAUUUUCAAUGGAACUUUCUGCUAUGCUAAAAGAACUUGGAUGCCCUUAUCAACGUUUUGUUGCUGGUCCGUUAACCGGAAGAUUCGAAACUCGAGAGGCGUGUGCACAACUACUCGAUUACCUCUUAACAGAAUUAAUGGCAACGAAAAUGUCUUAUCGUCUUCGACCUGCCAAACAAGCACUUAUUAUUCCUAAAUCUGAAACUAAUACGGCGCGUUCUCUGGAACAGCUCUCUCGAGAUGUUGGCCUGGGUAAACCACCAGAUAAUGUUUCGCCAAAAGCAUUUUUUGAUAAACUCAAUUUUAAAGUUGAAGAGCUAAUGCGCAAAGCCAAACCCGACGUGCUGAGUGAACCAUUAUUGAAUUUAAAACAACCUCUAUCUGCAGCACAAUGGAAGGAAUUGGAUGCAAUACUUUCCAAUCUAGAUUUGGAAUAUAAUAUGCGUAGACAAAUGCUGUUGACUCGUCUUGAAGUAACUAUACAGAGUUUUCAAUGGUCUGAUAAAAUGAGGUCAAGAGAAAAUGAAAUAGCAAGUCGCUAUCAAAAGAAAUUGCAAGAAUUAGAUCCCUUGCGUUUUGGUAAUGAAGAUACAAAUAUUGUAGCAUUACUUGCUGCACGUGCAGAUUUGGCUAUUAUUGAAAAAACAAGUUCUGUGCAAGUGCGAAAAAACACAGGUUGCAAAAUACAAAAGCAUGUAAUAGGAAGCGUACCAGAUCGGGGUGGUCGAGCACAUGAGCAUGCUCCCCCGCCUCCAGAAAUGCCCUCUUGGCAACAGCAACGAUCUCAAGGACCUGCUGGUAACGUUGGAGGAAACUUCCGGGGUGGGAGAGGUGGAGGUGGCGGUCGAGGAGGCAGUGGCCAUUGGCAGCAAUAUUCAAACGCUCCACAACAACAACGCCAAUCUCAACAAUUUGAACCACGUCAACCUACCGACCAAGGCCGGAACCAGAAUUGGGUUAGCGGUAGCGGACGAGUUCAAGGUAGCGGCUGGUCCCAGCAUAAUAAUGGUGGCUUUUUUCAAGGUAAUGAGGGACGCAGUGGUGGUGGUGACAAUUUUAACCGGGGACGCUCAAAUUAUCAUCGGGGAGGCAGUGGAGGCGGUGUUCGUCGUUAAAAAUAAAUAAAUUACUCACCUACGAAAAAUAUUUUGGAAUAAAAACAAAAUAUUCAUGUAUAUGUAUUAAGUAAUUCAUUUUGUCUUAAACAUAUGUACCUUAGCAAGACAAAGGUAUUAUAAUUCUAUACGAUUGUCGGGGACUAUUUCAAUUAUGUCAGUUGGUCAUUAACCCCGCCAAAUGUGAAAAGCUCAUAGAUAACUAUAGGUUUUUAAGUUGCGACUAUUAUGUGAAAUAACACUUAAUAAUAGCAAGUUUCAAUAAUUCCGAUUUCAAAUGUCAUCAAGACAAUGCGAAAGAUGGACACAUGUAUAACGGUUCUCUACUAUAUUUUGCACACUCUUAAAAUUAUCUGUGCACACCUUCCUGAUCAUUUUUUACAAUAAAUAUUCAAAAUUGUUGUUAGUAAUUAAAUUCUUACACUUCGUACACAUGUAUGAAUUUAACGUAUAAAUAAAAAAAACUGUUAAGUGAGCGUA